AUGGGUGUUGUGGACAUUGCGAGGAGCACCACUGAAGUAGUGCCGUUGAAGCCAGUGCGCAUUGUGGAUAUUGCGAGUAGUGCCGUUGAAGCCACCUCUAAGCCUCAGGUCCAGCGGGAGCCGCCCUCCAGCCAGCUCUUCGAUGCUGAAUUUUCGGAGUCUCAAGGUUCCAGUCCUCAAGGUUUGGCCAGGACUGCAACCAGCCCGAGACGGAGCCAGGCGGACCCCGAGGCGGAUGAGGACUGCAUGGUCCCCCUUCGCCCUGUCAAGAAGCGGCAGCGGCUGCUCAGCCAGAGACUCACGAGAGAAGAGGGGGAGCCGAUAUCCGCGGCGCCUUCUGAAUAUGCGGCGGCCAUGCGAGGGGUGGGCAGCGCCCUCUCCCGGGGUCCGCCAGGUUCUGAUCGCCCCGCCAAACCCUCCCCUGCCCCAGCACUCAUUCCGACAGAAGAAUACGUGGAUGACGACUGGCUGGAAGACGACCUGGGAGUGAAUGCCGUCUCACGCAAACGCGGCCGGCAGAGUCCAUUGGGCUCUGCCUGCGAGGAAAUCCUUGAGGAGGAAGAGGAGGAGGGCGAGAGCGACGUCGGACCCCCUUGUGCGGCCCCCAAGGCCCCCAGGAAGAGGAGGAAAGCCAGGCAAGCGCGCCUCACCCUGAUGGUGGGCAGGACACCCGUGGGGAGGGUCCGGGGGGUCAACGUGGUGGGCAGCACAGACACAACGGCCGGCACUUCGCACAGCCAAGUAGAGAGGGUGCAAUCCGGAGGAGAAAGCCUACCAUCUGCAUUUGCGCCGGUCCCGGCUCCCCCGCCUCCAAUCCGAGUGCGGGUUCGGGUGCAAGACAACAUCUUCUUGAUUCCUGUGCCACACGGCGACCACGAGGGCCGCCCGGUGUCCUGGCUGGCGGAGCAGGCCUCCCAGCGCUACUACCAGGCUUGCGGGCUCCUUCCGCUCCUGACCCUGAAGAAAGAGGGGGCCCUCCUCGCCCCCCAGGACCGCAUUGUGGACGUCUUGCAAAGCAACGAGGAGGUGAGCAGUUGCUGGGAAGCAGAAGGCCUUGACGACGUGAUUUCAAAACUGGGGAGCGAAAUCGGCCGCCUUUCCGCCUUUGAGAGCGAGUGCAGCCGCAAAGACUCACUGAUUGCUGAGCUCCAAGCGGAGAUUGUGGCCUUGAAUGACCGGCUGGCGGCGCCGAAAGCAGAGUUUCAGCAGAAGUUGGCGGGACUCGAGCAAGAAGUAGUUGCAAAGGCCGAAGAGAUUAAAGCUUUGAGAGAGCAGAUCGACAACUUGCAGAAAAACACCAGCGAGGUCUUAUACCAUUCCCUUUCUGAGCGGGAUUUGCAGAUUGCGCACUGGAAGAACGAGACAGAGACGCUGAAGAAGAGCUAUUCCCUGACUACAGGGCUGGUAACCAGUUUGCAGAAGGACAUGACCGUGAAGGACCAGAGGAUCCAGGAGCUCAAAAUGGAUGCCGAGAAACUGAGGAGGGAGAUCCGGGAGAAGGACAACCAACUUGCUCGUGUUUCUGCCCAGUGUUCGAGGAUUAAAGAGGAAAUGAAACGUGAACUCCGGGACAGAGAAGCGAAUGCCUACGAGAAUCGUAUUUCGGAGCUGGAGCUCCAAGCGAAGCGAUCGGAAGACGACCUGAAAAAGUCCCAAACAGAGCAGGACGCCUUGGCCAAAGAGCUGGCCCAGAAGAGCAAGGCCGAAGGAGCGCUGCGGGAAGAGUGCAUAUGGAGAUUGCAGCAGCUGCAAGAAAUGGGGCGCCGGGAGCGGCUCAUCAGGUCGGACAUGGAUCUGGCUGUGACACAGGCACAGUCCUUUAGGCACCAAAUCACCGAAAUACUGUUUUUUCAACUUCCCGAGGAUUCGGUGACUGAGCAGCAGAUUGUAGAGAAGAUCAAGCACAUCGAAGCCACGAAUGCAGAAUAUUGCCGGAAGGAAAUGGAGCUGAGGGAGGAGAUGCGCGUCAAAAGAUCCGAAAUGGAGCAAGUGUCCGAAAACAUUGAGAGGUUGAAGAAAGCCUUGGAAGGAGUUCAGGAUUUCUUGCAAACUCCCUACUGCAGCCACAGUUUGCAGAAGAAGGUCUUCGAUCUUCAGAACAUCAACCUGACCCCACCGGCUUCGGACGUCCAAGCCGCAUCGGUCCAAAUCCUGGGCGGUUUGUUGAACUGGGUGGACGCGAUGGAAGGCCUCCUUCAGGACUUGGAGUUGGAUCUGCCCGCCUGUGAAAAAGAAUUCUUGUUUACUGUAAUAGAACAGAAAGGCAAAUCAGAGACAAUGUUACAUACCAGGAUAAUGGAGACUCUGGAGGACUUCGAAGCAGCUCAGAGAAGAAAGACGUUUGCAGAAGAGAAGCUCCUUGUCUACGAGAAGCGCCUGAAAAGCCUGGAGAACGAGAUGAAGUCACAGACUCGGAAGCAUCUGGAAGAGAUAUCGGAGUACAAGGAGCAAGUCAAGCAACACUCCCAAACCAUUGUGCAUUUGGAGCAGAAGUACAUGGAAGCUGUCCAGCACAUGGAGAAGGCGAGAGAGGAAAACGGGAAGCUUUCACAGCAAAUAGAAGAAAUGCAGAAGGUGCCUUGCAAAUCUUAUUUGCCUGAGGCCACGUCUCCAGAAAGGUUCCACGUCUUCUUGAAGAAAGAAUUGGAAGUUGCCAAGCACCGAAUCCUGUCCGACGAGGUCGUCAUUGCAGAAUUGAAGAAGGAGCUCUCAGAAGCCCGGGCCAGAGUCUCCGAUGCAAUUGGUUUGUGCUGGUUGUGAGGGUCGGAGUGGGAAU